CUAAAUUUAAAAUAAUCCAGUUAACCGUUUGUUAAUCAAUUAUAAGAUUUGCAUAAAUAUAUAUCAAACGACAGAAAAUUGUAUUUUUAUCUAAAUAGUGGUUAUUUGUAUUUGUUACUAUCUUUGAAGUCCCUACGCUAAAGUAAAAGCACUAGUGACUACAGAUUUUAGGAAAUACAAUAGCAGCUGACUAUUUUCAAGCUGUUGUCUUUGAUCAGCUCUUUGAAGUACCAACACUAAUGCGUCAGCUGAGCUUUGGUGGCACUGAGCAUCACUGUUUGGGACGCUUAAGAUAGUUUUUAUAUUCACGUACUUAAUUGCGGUCGAGUUUUAAUUAAAGGCAACAAUGUCACUGGUACACUCUCUAAAGUUGCCAGCCGAACCACUCCCCCAAUCCGCAAUCGACGCCCUGUGUCGCGUUUGCCACAUUUCAUCACCGCGCUGUUUGCCGCUCUUCAAGCCACUGAAUAACCUGAUUUCUGGGAAACUAACCACUUUGGCUAACAUUUUGAGCUACUGCAGCGGUCUAGAGAUCCUGGAAACGGAGUUCUUCCUGCCCCACCACAUCUGCCCGGAAUGCACGACCAAACUGCGACUUUCGCUAGAAUUUAAGCGCAGUGUCCAUCGUAUGGAUAGAAUUUUGCGACAAAGUCAUGCGGACUUUUGCCGCACCAAAAGACGAAAUGAGUUGAAUAUUACGUCUAGGAUUUCACCUGAAAUUCCCGACGAUAUUGUCAUCGUACUCGAUGACCAGGAAGUGGCUGAAGACCCAGUGGAAUCUUUCACACUUGCAGAGGAACACUUAAAUAUAAAAGAAAGUCGAAAGAUAGUGACUGAAAGUCCGUUGGAUGAAGGGCUGGAUCUUGAACUGGAGAUCGAUGAAGAUAUUGUAGAGAACGAAAUGCAAAAUAAUCACACCAUCGAGCUGCAUUUGAUGGCCAAAGCCACUGAUGAUCUCUACGAAAUAAUCGAUGAAUCAAAGGAGCCUCCAGUGAAAGCCCAGGAAAUACAGGAGCGCUUGAGUUGUAAAAGCGGGACAGGAAAAACUUCCAAUCCCUUGCAUGAAUGUCCUGUAUGCUUCAAGCAUUUGAGCAGUGAUAGGACGUUUCAGUACCAUAUGAGGCUCCAUGGUGCACAAAACGCCAGAGAAGAAAUACAACCACAUAAGGUAGAUAGCACGGUCAAGGAAUCACUCCAAAAUAAGACUCAUAUACAGGACAAAGGAGCUGAAAAUCUUUACGAUAUUGUUGAUGAAACAAGACAGCCACUGGUGGCAUCCAAGUCUGUAGUUAGCAGGAGCAGACAAUGGAAGCUACAUAAUCCUUCGCUACAGUGUCAGAUCUGUGGCAAGCAAUUAAGCACCAAUAACUCGUUCAAGUAUCACAUGCAGCUCCACGGUACAGCCACACCUUACGUUUGCAAAAUUUGCGGCGAGUCCUUCAAGACGCGCAACGCUUACGAUGGACAUGUUACAUUGCAUGAUGUAAACAAUCCUAAUAGGUGCCCCAUCUGCUUCAAGGUAUACCGUCAGGCUUCCUCGCUUCGAACACAUUUGCUGAUCCACAGCGGAAUCAAGCCAUUUGAGUGCAACAUCUGCGGCAAGAGGCUGACCCAAAAGUCAGGCUAUAAGAAGCACAUGCUCACCCAUACAGGUGAGAAGCCGCAUAGCUGUGAUAUUUGCGAACGGAGAUUUCGAUACUCAAGCAACCUGAUAGCCCACAAGAGGUGCCACAGCCAAGAGAAACCGCAUCAUUGCCAGGUGUGUCAGAAGCGAAGUUUCGGCAGCAGGUCUGAGCUGAAUCGCCACAUGCUCGUCCACAGCAGUAAGCGACCGUUCGGUUGUGAGGAGUGCGGCAAGUCCUUUAAGCGACAGGUUUCCCUCAGCAUUCACCAGCAGUCGCACAAGGAGGGGAAGAAAAAAAAGAAUGUGGCCCGUAAAAUGGAUGAGCAGGAUAACCACGAAGAGACCUGAUAACAGGUUUAGAUUAUACCUCAUGAAUCUCUUGAUAAACCAAAUUGUUAUUUAGUUUUUAAUGUAUUAUCAGAUCUAAUUAUUGUAAUAAUUUUCAGAAUAAGAAUUUAAUCACAUAUAUAAAAUUUUAGUUUAGUUUGCUUUUA